CCGUUACCUGAAGGUCUUUUAUUUCUCGCAUUUGACAAUGAGCAAAAAGGACAGAAGAAUUAUUUAGAUCGAGGGUUUAAUAUGGCAUAUGAUUCUCUUAGUAAAUCACAGUUUGAUGAAAUUUUUAGUGUCGAUACCCAGAUGCAGGAAGUCAUCGACGAGGAGUUACAUUCUUAUCUUUCUGGGAUUCUAGAAUUAUUGUCAGAAGGAAAAUUAUCAUCUACCAACGCUAUUGAUUCUUUUGUAGCAUCUACUUCGACCAAUACAGCCAAGAUGAAAACAUGUCUUAGUUGCAAUAUGCAAAACAUCGAAAAUCGAAAAAAAAUAUGUCUAAAUUGUAAAACGCAACUACCAACGUUGGCUGAAAUCCAAAAAGAGAAAGUAAUAGAAAUUGCAAAUAGCUUAACUGACCAACUAAGUAGUCCUCUAAUUUUCAGAUCUUACAAGACUAAUGAAGAACAAAGUGUUACGUCUGUUCCUAAGAUCAGUCUUACUCAGCAAGUUACUGAUCAAAGAAUUGAUAUCCCAAAUAUUUAUACCU